UCAUUUCUUUCCGCAAUCGCGCUUUUCAAAAUCUCGUUAAUUUCUACCGCCACUCGGCACUGAGCAGCGAAACCAAGAGAAGGAAAAGAUCCGUCUCGCAGCGUCUAAACUCGAAAGGAAUUAAGAGGCAGACCAAUGGAAAAAGAUCAGAUGGGGAAUGGUGAAGAAGAUCAACGGGUUGAGGAGGAUGACUUGCCUCUUCGGUCACGCCGAAGGCGUUCUGUGUCUCUGCUAUGGUGGCUUAUUGCAAUUGCAUUUUUUGUGGGUCUUGCUUUCAGGAAUGGUCUCCAAGAGCUGUGCCAUAUCACUAGGUCCCCUGAUACCAUAUUUAUCUUGUGUGUAGUGUUCACUUGUGUUUAUGCUCAUUGCCAUCGCUCCCGCAAUGUUUCCCUUGGGGGGCUUUGGAGACGGGGAGCGGUAGUGGUGGUAUUUCUUCAGUAUUUAUGUGUGAUUGUGCUCCGUGCCGUUCCAGCUUGCAGAAGACAUUCUUUAGGCGGGGAAGAGUCAUCGAGAUCCAUUAUUUUCGUGCUACGUUUUCUGGCAGCAGCUGCUGUCUUAUGGCUUUUCUUGGUUGCCUUUCUCAUCAUGGCACUCGUUGUCUUAUUGCUUUUCCAGGUUGCCCUUUUCAUCAUGGGACCUGCAGCUCAUUAGCAUCAAUAGUCCUCAAGCAGAAGCGCAGGCAAAUGAAGAAAUCGUUUAGCAUGAAGUGUAUACACAGAACUCUCAUGUACUAUUUCUGCAAUGUUUCUUGUUAGUGUAAAUCACAUCACCCCUUUGCUGUACAUAUAUGUAACUCUGUUCUGAAGUCUGAAUCCUUUUAACGCUGGCAUUGUACAUUUGAGAAUAAUAACAGAAUUACAGAGUUACAAAGUGAUGA